AUGGACUGUGGCGUGGGCGUGGACCUGCUGGCGAAGCACGAGGUCUACGCCUCCGCCGCCGCCGAACACGUCGAGCUGGCCGCACCGCUGCUGGCGCACUCUGCUUCGUCCUACGACGACGGUGCCGCCGCCGUGGUGUCCGCCUACGACAGCGACAUCGACGCCAGCCUCCGGGCCGCGGAGAGCGACGCCAGGGAGCGGCCGUCGCCGGACUACCUCGACUCUACGCAGGGCGGGCGCAUGGGCCCGGCGGAGCGCGCCGCCCUGGUCGCCGCCAUCGUCGCCGGCGGCGCCGACGACCUCGACUACCUGCUCCGCCUCCUGGGCGCGGCGGCCGUGUACGCCGCGGCGAAGCACGAGGACAGGGACACCGCGCGGAUGGUGGGCGCGCGGGACAUCGCCGCCCGCUGCGGGUUCGCGGCGAGCCAGGAGGUGGUGAGCGCGGAGCGCGCCCUGCUCGCGGCGCUCGGGUACCGGCUCGGCGGGCCCACGGCGCACACGUCCUUGGAGCACUUCACGAGGCACGGGCACGGUGGCGGCCGGGGGGAUGGAGGCAGCCCGCUGGCGCUGCGGCGCGCGGCGCACCUGAUCGCCGACGCGUCGCUGCUCGACCACCGCUGCCUGGGGCUCCUGCCGUCGGCCGUGGAGGCGGCGGCGAUCCUGCUGGCGAGGCUGUACCUGGAGCUGUCGCACGGCCGCGAGCAGCUGCGGAGGUGGGGCAGGGAGCUCGAGGAGCUGAGGGGGUACAGGCCCCCCGACGUGAACGGUGGCCUGGAGUGCAUGUACGAGACGAUGCCUGAUGAUCCGGGGUUCCUGAUCUCUCCGCUGCUCCUGCUCUUCGCGGAUCCGAGCCAGCCUGUAGAGAAGUAG